CCCAACUAUCGAUAGCGGCACCGAUGACUUGUCAUCCCCACUGCAUCGACGCUCCAAGCUGUUUAUUUGGGCUCCAAAGCGAAGGAAAUUCUUAGAAUUCAAGAAAAAUUAAACCUUGUAGCAAACAAUUCGACUCAAAAAUGGAGGUCAAAGAAGUGGUGGUGAUUGUAAAGUGGAGCGGCAAGGAGUACCCGGUGGACCUCACCGACCAGGACACUGUGGAGGUGCUGCGGCACGAGAUCUACCACAAGACACAGGUGCGCCCCGAGCGCCAAAAGUUGCUCAACUUGAAGCACAAAGGAAAAACGGCGGCCGACAAUGUGAAGAUCAGCGCCCUGGAACUGAAGCCCAAUUUCAAGCUGAUGAUGGUGGGCUCCACGGAGGCGGACAUUGAGGAUGCCUGCAGCCUGCCGGAAGACAUUGGCGAGGUGGUCGAUGACUUUGACGACGCUGAGGAGCGCGAGGAGUCCGUGGAGCACUCCGCCGUAUACUUGGCCAAAGUGCAGCGCCGCGUGCGUGACUACAAGAUCAAGGAGCUGUCGCCGCCACGCGAGGGCAAGAAACUCCUUGUCCUGGACAUCGACUACACCCUUUUUGAUCAUCGCUCGCCGGCUGAGACGGGCACGGAGCUUAUGCGUCCGUAUUUGCACGAGUUUCUGGCCUCCGCCUACGAACACUACGACAUAGUGAUUUGGUCCGCCACCAGCAUGCGCUGGAUCGAAGAGAAAAUGCGGCUGCUGGGCGUGGCCAGCAACGAGAACUACAAGGUCAUGUUCUACCUCGACUCCACGGCCAUGAUUUCGGUGCAUGUACCGGAACGCGGGGUGGUGGACGUGAAGCCGCUGGGCGUAAUCUGGGCCCUGUACAAGCAGUACAGCUCGAGCAACACCAUCAUGUUCGACGACAUCCGCCGCAAUUUCCUGAUGAACCCCAAGUCCGGUCUGAAGAUCCGUCCCUUCCGUCAGGCCCAUUUGAAUCGCGCCACGGACACGGAGCUGCUCAAGCUGUCCGACUAUUUGCGCAAGAUCGCCCACCACUGCCCGGACUUUAACUCCCUGAACCACCGCAAGUGGGAGCACUACCAUCCCAAGAAGAACUCCUGAACUCCUCAUACGCGAUUGUAAGAUUUGUAAGAUUCGCAUAGGUUUAGGUUUAUUAAAUUAAGAUGCUUUUUGUA